CCAUGGGGCUCCCGGCGCUGGAGUUCAGCGACUGCUGCCUCGACAGCCCGCACUUCCGAGAGACGCUCAAGUCGCACGAAGCGGAGCUGGACAAGACCAACAAAUUUAUCAAGGAGCUUAUUAAGGACGGGAAGACGCUCAUCAGCGCGCUCAAGAACACAGGCGCUGCCCAGAAAGAGGCUGCGUGGAGUGUUGAGGAAUGUGAAUUUCAGCAUCUCGGUGAGUCAGAGAUAGAAAAUGAAUGUUGUUUGACACGGUCUCUGCAGGAGUUUGCCACGGUGCUCAGGAAUCUGGAAGACGAACGGAUUCGGAUGAUUGAGAAUGCCAGUGAGGUGCUCAUUACUCCUUUGGAGAAAUUUCGAAAGGAGCAAAUUGGGGCUGCCAAGGAAGCCAAAAAGAAGUAUGACAAAGAGACAGAGAAGUAUUGUGGCAUCUUGGAAAAACAUUUGAAUUUGUCUUCCAAAAAGAAAGAAUCUCAGCUCCAGGAGGCUGACACCCAAGUGGACCUGGUCCGCCACCAUUUUUACGAAGUCUCCCUGGAGUAUGUCUUCAAGGUGCAGGAGGUCCAAGAGAGAAAGAUGUUUGAGUUUGUGGAGCCUCUCCUGGCAUUCCUGCAAGGACUCUUCACUUUCUAUCACCAUGGUUAUGAACUGGCCAAGGAUUUCAGCGACUUCAAGACCCAGCUGACCAUUAGUAUCCAGAAUACAAGAAAUCGCUUUGAAGGUACCAGGUCAGAAGUGGAAUCGCUGAUGGAAAAGAUGAAGGAGAAUCCCCUUGAUCAUAAGACGAUCAGUCCCUAUACCAUGGAGGGGUACCUCUACGUCCAGGAGAAACGUCACUUUGGAACUUCUUGGGUGAAGCACUACUGCACGUACCAGCGGGAUUCCAAACAGAUCACCAUGGUGCCAUUUGACCAAAAGUCAGGAGGGAAGGGGGGAGAAGAUGAAUCUGUCACCCUGAAAUCCUGCACAAGGCGGAAAACAGACUCUAUCGAGAAGAGGUUUUGCUUUGACGUAGAAGCAGUGGACAGGCCAGGGGUUAUCACCAUGCAGGCAUUGUCGGAGGAGGACCGGCGGCUCUGGAUGGAGGCCAUGGAUGGCCGGGAACCUGUCUACAACUCAAACAAGGACAGUCAGAGCGAAGGGAUGGCACAGUUGGACAGCAUCGGCUUCAACAUCAUCAAGAAGUGCAUCCACGCAGUGGAAACCAGAGGCAUCAACGAGCAGGGCCUGUACCGCAUCGUGGGGGUCAACUCCAGAGUGCAGAAGUUGCUGAGUGUCCUGAUGGACCCCAAAGCGGCUUCUGAAACAGAAGCGGAGAUCUGCGCCGAGUGGGAGAUUAAGACCAUCACGAGUGCCCUGAAGACCUACCUAAGAAUGCUUCCAGGACCACUCAUGAUGUACCAGUUUCAAAGAAGUUUCAUCAAAGCAGCAAAGCUGGAGAAUCAGGAGUCUCGGGUCUCUGAAAUCCACAGCCUUGUUCAUCGGCUCCCAGAGAAAAAUCGGCAGAUGUUACAGCUGCUUAUGAACCACUUAGCCAAUGUUGCUAACAACCACAAGCAGAAUUUGAUGACGGUGGCCAACCUGGGGGUGGUGUUCGGACCCACCCUGCUGCGGCCUCAGGAAGAAACGGUAGCAGCCAUCAUGGAUAUCAAAUUCCAGAACAUCGUUAUUGAGAUCCUAAUCGAAAAUCAUGAAAAGAUAUUUAACACCGUGCCAGACGCCGCCGCGCUCAACGAUGCCCAGCUGCACCUGUCUUGGAAGAAGAGCAGCGACUGUAAGCCCCCCUCCUGCAGCGAGAGGCCCCUGACCCUCUUCCACGCCGCGCAGUCCACGGAGAAACAGGAACAAAGGAACAGCAUCAUCAACUCCAGUUUGGAAUCUGUUGUUUCUUCUAAUGCCAACAGCAUCCUUAAUUCCAGCAGCAGCCUGCAGCCAAACAUGAACUCCAGCGACCCAGACCUGGAUGUGGCCAAACCCACUCGGCCCAACUCACUCCCCCCGAAUCCAAGCCCAACAUCACCCCUCUCGCCAUCUUGGCCCAUGUUCUCGGCGCCAUCCAGCCCUAUGCCCACCUCAUCCGCGUCCAGCGACUCAUCCCCCAUCAGCACACCAUUCCGGACGGCAAAAGCCCUGUACGCCUGCAAAGCUGAGCAUGACUCGGAGCUCUCCUUCACCGCAGGCACGCUCUUCGAGAAGGUUCACCCAUCUCAGGAGCCUGGCUGGUUGGAGGGGACUCUCAACGGAAAGACCGGCCUCAUCCCUGAGAACUACGUGGAAUUCCUCUAACUGUGGGCCCCCCAGCGGAACCGCUGAGCUUUACAUGGUAUCCAUGACAACCGCUGAUCCCCUUGUGGUAGACCAUUUCUCCCUGCCACUGAGAAAGGCAAGGUGACAGACUGCUGAUGCCUGUCAAGAUGAACAUUUCUGUGAGCUGUGGUGUCACCCAUCCCCACGAUCAUCUCAGCUGACACGAGGCGAUGCUGCUGGAGCCAGAAGGAAAUCGGCACAGGAGGCCAUUGGACUUGGAUACCCAGAGAAAGGCUGGCAAAGGCAUUUCCUCCUGAGCCUCAUGAGCACCACACAGAGGGAGCACUCGCUUUGGUUCAACGGUCGCCCAAACCCCAACAGGAUGAAAGAGGAAGUAACAUAAAAUAGUCCCCAAGACCACACAGUUGAGCUGAAUCCUGUAGGGGUGGGUGAAGGAAUUGGCACCGAGAUCCAGGCUGGGUCUGUGGCAUCUGUUUACAGUAGGCACUCUCUCUGCCCCACCUCUCAACCCUUAGACCCACACUGCUGCGGCCGCCUGUCCGUCUGUGUGGAAAGGGGUUAGGGCGCUGUUCACAUAAGAGCCAAUCUCUCACCAUCUCUGAAGCAGCAGUGGGCCCCUUGUCAGCAGAAUCCAGUGGAGGCCUCUCAUGCAAAGGCACACACACCCCGCCCCCAAGAAGAGAAUUCAUCUGCCACCUAGAGGGCUGCCAUCACCUAGUAACCAUGGCAACUCAACCUACUCAAAAAACAAAACAAAAAAUAGCACACCCUCUUUGCAUGGCACGCUGUUUUUUGGGUCUAGUUUUUUCCCACCUUUUUGGUAGUUUUCUAAAUGGCUUUCCAACAACGUGAAGCGGAAAAAUCAAGGGAUUGGAGUCGUCCACUUGACGCAGACUGCAGAACAGCCGGGAACUACCUGUCCCCUUUCUGAUGUCAGCAGUGUCGGGCUAUAUAGGGCGCACACUCCGCUCACUUCUCCAGAUGAAUUACAGACUGGCUGGAUAUUUGUGUUCCUCCCUGCAGCUGCUUUCUAGAAAGCAAGCUGCUACUUCCCAGUGAGGGUCGCUGUCCCUUCGUCUGACCUCCUCUUCCCUGUGGCCUCCUGCCCACCCCUCCCGGACCUGCCUGCAGCCUGGGUGCAGCCUGUCACUCAGGCAGAUCUGCACUGGUGGACUUCUGGCAUAUUUGGUUCACUCACUGCCGCUCAGAAAAAGGGAGUUCUCAGACCAGACAGGCACGGGUCUAGUCUCAGGCCCUUGUGAGUCAGACGACCCCCAAAGGUUGGAGGCUGGCAGGUGAAAUGGGGAUCUUCUGAGAAGCAGCAUUCCCAGGUCAGGGGUGUCGUGGGCAAUAGCGGACAGCUGUCCUGGGUGGGAAAGGAAGGCUUGGAUAGGGCAGGCUCACUCGGCCUCCAGAGAACUGAAUCUCUUCACAAGAGUGGCUCUGGCACACUGACGACAACCCAGUGGCCCGGGAAGCUUCUUAGGCUCCCCUGGGGUGGCAGCACUGUUCCGGAAAGGGUUUCCAUCCCUUCUGGGAUUUCUAUUUAGGGAAUUUAAAAGAAGAAAAGAAAAAAAACUUGAAUUGUGUUGAGUUACUGUAUCUUUUACUUUUUUUUUUGGAACAAAUAACUUGUAAAUAGUGUGAUUUAAAGUACUAUAUGGCAAAGUUUUAUAUUUGAUAUUCUUUAAGCUAGUGGCUCCACACGUUGAAGCUCUGAUCACUGAACAAGCUGUGCAUAAGGAGGGGAGAGGAGGCAACCCCGAAGACAGCGCGGGCCUCCCCGCUCCGGCCGGAGAAAGGAGAAGUCAUCCACCUGUGUCCGCUGUCUGCUCGGGCUGAUGGGCACGGCAAGGGGACGCACCUGGCCGCCUGAACUAGAAUUUCUGUCUGAGCAUUUCUCGGGCUUUGGAUUGAGACUGUGGUGGAAAGAACUCUUGCAGCAAUGGGCUCUUCUGAGAACGUCCUGUUCGUAGUAAGGUAAAGCUCAGGAUUUCUAUAGGUAGGGCGAGGGGUUAGAUGUUCUUAGAUUUUCUUCUCAGGUAUCCUUGUUCUCCUAAGACAGCAGGACAGAAGGCACUGGGACAUUGCUGUUCUCCUUACAUAUUUUCUCCACAUCAUUGAAGGCUUCCUAAUCAAGGCCGAGCUGGUUUGCAAAUGUAGCGAGUAUGUAGAGUCCUGGGGGGAAAUUGUUUGCUUCUUAGAAUCAUUAGUUGUUGAGGUGGCGCUCCUCUCCCCAAAUAUGUUCAUGUUCUUUCCGCUCAGAUUCCCCCAUAACCCCCAAGUAAGAGCGACUCCAAGGGAGGAUGUGGAUGGUGAUGUCGUAGCCCUGCAGGCAGCUGUAACGAGCAUUAGAGCCCAUCGCGUCCUCCACGCUUCAGUUUAUCAGCUCAAGGAUUAGAAAUGUACCCAUGGAAUCAGGGAGCAAGAAUUAACAAGGGACAAGAACAUGAGAGGACUCCGAAGCUACCACCAAACAAGGGCAUAGACUAAUUUGCGAGAGCUGCUCCCAUGAACUUGGAACAGCUUGAGGAACGGUCCUGAGAGACUAUUUGGGCUUUCCAACAGAACGAGCCCAAGGUCAUACCUUCAACACAUUUGGCAUUUUAAAUGGUCACCUGCCCAACGGAAACCAUAAGUGGAGCUAAUGCGGAGGACCACAAGGAUCAGGCCCCAGUCUGGGGAUUUUCUCACCCAAGUCUGUCUGUAAGCACUUGUCCCCUGCUUGAUCAUUUGGAACCAUAUCCCUCUCUCCUAAGCUGGCCAUUGCUGGCAGCCAGAGGGACAUGGAGCUGCUGCCAGCAGGCAUUUUUAGGUAGACCCUUCCCAGCAUCCUUGUAGCCAGGCUGGGCCUAUGGAAGAUGGCGGUCAGUUUCUCUUCCCCAGCCUGGCUCAUCUGCUCCCCAUUAACUGCAAAACUGGAGAAACCCUUCUGGAGAUAAGCCGGCAAUCAGGAAGGAGCAUGAAGACUAUAUACAUAUAAUUUCCCUCUCUCUUCCUUCACGGCCCCAACAUUCCUAGCUCUCAGCGUACAGUCCAGGGGAAGGAACGGGGUAUCAGAGUGGAGGCCCAUCUCCCAGGAGUUCUUUAAGGUCCUGGGCAUAGCCGAGGAGCCCUGCUAGUGUAGUGCUUAUGCCUUGGGCUGCGAUCUACAUAGUCGGCUGUUCAAAACUCCCAUCAAUUCCACAGGAGAAGAUUGGUCAGUCUGCUCCCCUAAACAGUUACCUUCUCGGAAGCCCACAGGGGUCACCAUGAGUCAGCAUUGACUCGAUGGUUGUGAGUUUAGCUUUUGAUGUGGACCUAGCCUCAGUCUUGGUAGGGCAUUAGACCUUUCUCUCACAUGCCCCUGGGGUACCCUUCAGGACUCUGUAGCUCAAGAAUGCCCCGCCUUGGGAAGAGUUCAUUUUCAUAGGGAGGUUUUCAAACCCCGACCUGACCCAAGUGGAUUCUUGUCUUGCUCAAAACUGAUGACAUUUUUCUCUUAUUUUUAACACACAGUAUAAGAGAUACAGAGAGAUGAACCUUGAAUCAAAGCCUUUCUUGACACCUUGGAAUUCGAGUCCACUUUUAGCUAACUGUCUUAGUAUUUUUGCAGUCAGUAUAUGUUUGCUAUGUCAGACCAGACAGUUUAUUUCAACACAAGUUCAGACCCCCCAUGGCUUGCUGAAUCCUUUUUGGACAAACAGGAAGAGAGAAAACAAGUCCGUGUUAGUGAGCAGGUUGCUUCCAGCUCUUCCCACAGACAGAGACUCGGUCCCAGGCCUCUGAGCAACCCUGCUGGAGCUGCUAGCUGAGCAUUGGAUUGCUAACCAUGAGGUUGGUGGUUCAAACCCAUCAGUUUUUCUGCAAGAGAAAGAUAGGGUAGUCUGCUCCCGGAAAGAUCUGACAGCCAUGGAAACCCUCUAUGGGAUGGCUGUCUGUCAGAACCAUCCUGGUGGCAGCGGGUGUGAGAUUGGGACCAGGACUCCAGAGAUGAGUAUGCCAUCCCUGCAGGUCAAAGGGAAGUCCUUCUGGCAACUGAGCUCAUGACCCCUGAAAACUCCCAGCCUGGUUACACCAAGAGCUUUGUCUUAACUAUAGAGAGUCCGGAGAGCCAACAAGAGGGGUAGGGGGGAGGUGUCGAGAAACAAGACAGAAGAAGCUACCGACAACCUGAUUGCUCUAUUCGUGACUGUCCGCACUUUUCUUCCUCUGGCUUCUCCACAAAAAAAGCUCUCUCCCUUAGUUCUAUAGACAGAGGAUUCACAGGCACAAGAAUGAGCCAGAAGAGCCCACCGUUUGCCCCAGGAUUGAAUGUCUUAAGAAUAUCUGUAUUACCAAAGGUGGUAGCCAGUGCUGACGAACCCCAACAGCCUCUUAGCUACCGGACUUGACAAGGAACGUCCGAGGACGGAAGUUCUGUUGUCUCUGGAAAACUGGACAAUAGUCAAUUGCCGUGACCACCUGCCUCCCAUCCCUUUAAAGUCAGCCAGGCGUCCUCUCACACACCCUGGGCAGGAGUUUGAAACCGUCAUCCUGUGCUCAGAUGUGUCUGGCAGCUGAUGUGCUGGGCCCUGGGUCCCUGCUCUGUGAUUGUGGCCUCACAGUGACAACAGCAGCAGAGCCCGGAGCCUCGCACAACCUUCCAGCAAAGCUGAGACGAGGCUCCGGCAAGUCAUGGUUAGCUUUUAUUUUUUCUGCCCCUUUUCUGCCUCAUUCAAGAACUUCCCAAAGCAGACAGGGAAGGCCGGUGGUCCGCAUAGGCAGCCCCGGCCGAAGGACAGGCACCUGUAUUCUCAAGGAGAACAAGCAUUAGAACUGAAGUCAUGUCAGAACCAGAGAGAGAUUGGGGAGGACAUUGAACAACUUUGAGGAAUAUUUUUACAAAGACAAGAAUCCUUAAGUUGGUGGGGGGGGGGUGGGGAGAAGACCAGAAAAUCACAAUUAGUAUUUUCCCCAAAGCUUUGCAGGAUAUCACAAGAGGAAAAUGACUUCCAAGACAGAAUGGUUUUGCAGAGAUGUGGCACUUUCCAAAACCUGCGUAAGGGAGCAAUGCUUGUCAACAUUCCCUGUUGUCCACACACUGUUGGGCUUCCUGGGAGCAGGCCUGCAAGAGCCAGGAGUAGAAGUUCCUCCCACGAUGUCUACAAGAGUCACCCAGACAGACACCGACAGUCAGCUCUCAGGGGUAUCCAGACACCAGGGCCAACCUUGGGUCUAUAAAAAGAGCUACAUCUAGCGGCUCGAAAGCAUUUGUGUGUCCAUGUGUGUCUUCCUAUGUGUAUAUAGAGGGCAUACUUACAUGUGUAAAGAUAUACACUAUCACAGAGAAACCUUCCCAAGCUGAGCCCUCUCAGCCUUUGGGAUUUUGAGUUGGAGAAUAAGGGAGAUGAGAGAGCCUGCUGAUUGACGAUCAGAAUAAGCAUCACGCAAGGAAAGGAAGUGCCCUUUGAGAACUGGGGUCAUAUUUAUUAAAUGGUUAUUCUCUGCAGCUACCUUCUGUAUUAACUUAUUAAAAGUCAUGUCGAAAGAAGGGCGGGGGAGAUCAAACUCAUACAUGCUUAGUAGCUAAAGCUAGGCUAGUGUUCAAAAGCACUCUAAAAAGACAUUUUGUCCAUAUUUUGGAGAAGAAAAUAUUUGCAUGUCUCAUUCAUAUUUAGGCUACCGUUGAGUAAACUGUAAAGUGCCGUGUGAUAUAUCAAUAAAGUACUUAUGAAAUGGCACCUUCAUGUUUAAAAACAAGAAACCAUAACUGCACUGACGUGUGGGAAUCCCACGCCAUCAUUAAGUGCUCUGUGACUAGAGGAGAACUUUUGCUCUGUUGUUAGUCAAACACUUCUGCCACACGUAAGCUUAAAAAAAAUUUUUAAAGCGUGUUUUGCAUCCCUCCGCCUAUCUAUGAAGAAAACAUGAUUUCUUUGGAUUGGCCUUUGCAGCUUGGCUUGCGUCCAUUAGAUUGGUUUAUGUGACAAUCCCUAUGAAAUGAGUAAAAGUCUGAUAUUGAAUUUUU